AUGAUGCCUUAUUUCGAACAACUGCUAUUUUUGGUCCUGUGUCUCAUUCUUGUCCUCGGCGAAUGCCGAAAACAGACAACUAGAGAGAAGAGGUGGACCGGACCAGUGGAAACCCAGAAGCAUGGCACCUCGCUCAGCAAGAAGCCGCCGGACAACACCAAGGCCCGCAAGAUGAAGACGGAGGCGGUGCUGAAAGUGGACGACCACGACUUCACCAUGAGGCCAGCGUUCGGAGGCCCUGCUAUUCCCGUUGGCGUGGAUGUGCAAGUGGAGAGCCUGGAUAGUAUUUCAGAAGUAGAUAUGGACUUCACCAUGACGCUGUACCUGCGGCACUACUGGAAGGACGAGCGCCUGUCCUUCACCAGCACCACCAACAAGAGCAUGACGUUCGAUGGCCGCCUGGUCAAGAAGAUCUGGGUGCCAGACGUCUUCUUCGUCCACUCCAAGCGCUCCUUCAUCCACGACACCACCACCGACAACAUCAUGCUGCGCGUCUUCCCUGACGGACAUGUUCUCUACAGCCUCAGGGUCACGGUUACGGCUGCCUGCAACAUGGACUUCAGCCGCUUCCCCCUCGACUCUCAGACCUGCUCACUCGAGCUCGAAAGCUACGCAUACACGGAUGAAGACCUGAUGCUGUACUGGAAAAACGGAGACGAGUCUCUGAGUACGGACGAGAGGAUCUCGCUGUCCCAGUUCCUCAUCCAGAAGUUCCACACCACCUCUCGACUGGCUUUCUACAGCAGCACAGGCUGGUACAACCGCCUGUACAUCAACUUCACCCUGCGGAGACACAUCUUCUUCUUCCUGCUGCAGACGUACUUCCCUGCCACCCUCAUGGUCAUGCUCUCAUGGGUCUCCUUCUGGAUCGACCGCCGAGCCGUGCCUGCCAGGGUUUCUCUAGGCAUCACCACGGUGCUGACCAUGUCCACCAUCAUCACUGGUGUGAACGCAUCCAUGCCCCGCGUCUCCUACAUCAAGGCCGUGGACAUCUACUUAUGGGUCAGUUUCGUCUUCGUGUUCCUCUCGGUGUUGGAGUACGCCGCCGUCAACUACCUGACGACUGUGCAGGAGCGGCGGGAGAGAAAGCUCAGAGAGAGAAUGAGAGAACAGUCGCUGCCCUGCACGUGCGGCAUGUCCCACACGGGCACCAUGAUGGCGGACGGCACCUACAGCGAGGCCGACACCAACAGCCUGGCGGGCUACACGGAGGCGCCCAUGGUGCCCGAGGAGGAGCCCGAGAAGCAGCACCGGGAGCACAUGGUGGUGCACCUGUCCGUCAGCAGCGAGUCCACCACGGCGGCGGCCACCAAGAAGAAAGGGCUGCGCGCCAUGCGGCUCCUCCAGAACACGCACGCCAUCGACAAGUACUCGCGCAUCAUCUUCCCCGGAGCCUACAUCAUCUUCAACCUCACCUACUGGUCCGUCUUCUGCUAAUCUGGGGGUGUGUUUCUCGACAACAUCGUUGCUAACUACGUCCAUCUACUGCUGAUCUGGUGUGUCCAAAGGACCCGUGUCAACUUCAACUCCAAC